AUGGCUUCCCAAAACCCUAACCCUCCAGUAUCUGAGAUAACACCCGGCCUCUUCAUCGGCGAUGUCGGGUCUUCAUGGAACGCAAACGGUCUCCGGCAGCACCAGAUCAAAUCCAUUCUUUCAGUGAACGACGAAGCUACCGCCAUGUGGCGCCGCGACAGUUUCACCAGUAUCAUAACCCAAGACCGCCACCUCAAGAUGUUCUGCCUCGAUUCUUCCCACCAAGACCUCCUGGUCCAUAUGCGCCGCGCCUGCGAGUUCAUUGAAACCUCACUUGCCCAUGGCGGAGUUCUGGUGCAUUGCGUACAGGGUGUCUCGCGUUCCACAACGUUUGUGAUUGCGUAUCUGAUGCGCCGGGACCGGCGCGGUUUGGACGAGGUGUUGGCGGAUGUGAAAUUGAAACGGAAAGUGCGACCGAGCGAAAAUUUCAUGAUGCAGCUGGGUUUGUGGGGUCAGAUGGAAUAUGAAAUCUGGGAAGACGAGGAGAAGAAGGUGCCGAAAGCGCCGUAUGCCAAGCUGUUGAAAGAAAAGGGUUUGACGGCGGUGCUACCUCCGAGCGCGGCGGAGAUCGCGUUUGGGUUUUAA